AUGAUUAUUCCCAUCCGGUGUUUCUCGUGCGGCAAGGUCAUUGCCGAUCUCUGGGAGAAGUAUACCAAGCUGCUCCAGGAUGGAGUCUCUGACGGUGAAGCAAUGGACCAAGUUGGAGCCAAGCGAUAUUGCUGUCGCCGCAUGCUGAUGACCCACGUCGAUUUGAUUGAGAAGCUGCUACAAUACGACCCUGCCGAGCGACGGCAGAACAGAGUCCAGUGA